UUUCCUCGACAUAGAUCCUUGAAACAUUCUUGUCUGUAGCCACAUAAUUGGAGCUUAAUUUGAUCUUGUAAUUGGUUAAGGUCCAUGGCGAUCAGGUCUUUGCUGCUCCCUCUGGCCCUGUUGGUUCUCGCAGCUAGCUCGGCAGCGGUGGCUAAUCUAGAGAUCGGUUUCUACCGCACGACAUGCCCCGAUGCCGAGAAGAUCGUCCGCCAGGAGAUGGCCAAGAUCAUCGCCACCGCGCCCAGCCUCGCCGGCCCGCUUCUCCGUCUCCAUUUCCACGACUGCUUCGUCAGGGGUUGUGAUGCCUCUGUCCUGCUCGAAUCCACAGAAGGUAACGUGGCGGAGAAGGACGCCAAACCAAACAAGAGCCUGCGAGGGUUCGGCUCCGUGGAGCGGGUGAAGGCCAAGCUCGAGGCCGCGUGCCCGGGCAUCGUCUCCUGCGCCGACAUGCUCACCCUCAUGUCGCGCGACGCUGUCGUGUUGGCUAAGGGGCCCUUCUGGCCAGUGGCGCUGGGCAGGCGAGACGGCAGGGUGUCAAGCGCCACGGAGGCCAGCAACGAGCUGCCGCCGGCCUCCGGCGACGUCCCUCUACUCGCCAAGAUCUUUGCCUCCAAGGGCCUCGAUCUCAAGGACCUCGUCGUCCUCUCCGGCGCACACACGCUCGGCACGGCGCACUGCCCGUCUUUCGCCGACCGGCUCUACAACACAACCAGCGAGAACGGUACCUCUGGCCUCGUCGACCCGUCUCUGGACAGCGAGUACGCUGACAAGCUGAUGCUCAAGUGCAAGAGCGUUGAUGACCGCACUAUGCUCUCUGAGAUGGACCCCGGUAGCUUCAAGACUUUUGAUACCAGCUACUACCGCCACGUCGCCAAGCGGAGGGGUCUCUUCCGCUCCGACGCGGCGCUCCUCUUCGACACCACCACCAAGGACUACGUCCAGCGUAUCGCCACAGGCAAAUUCGACGGCGAGUUCUUCAAGGACUUCAGUGAGUCGAUGAUCAAGAUGGGCGACGUUGGUGUGCUCACUGGGGCCGAGGGAGAGAUCAGGAAGAAGUGCCACGUCCUCAAUUAGUGCUUGUUCAUUCUUUAUUGGAACUGCACGUGUUGGAUGAUAGUUGUCUCGAACUAUUUAUUGUAGUAGUGUAAUUUAUUAUUGAGUACAAAACAUUUAUCACCAA